AUGGCUGCGAUUCUCGCAAAAGAAGGCCACUACUUAGCUACAAUGGAAGCUUUUCAAAGUUCAGUUUCCUUGAAAGCAGUCGAAAAGAUGUUUGACCUCGUUGACGAGAUGGCAGCCCACGUCAUGACAAAUAUGUUCAAAGGUGGCCGGAAUGCUCCCCCGUUGUUUCGUGUUCUUGGAGUUGGUAGUGGUGAUGGGCGAAUUGAUUUAAGAAUUCUGGAUGUCGUUUUAUCGGCGAUAGGAUGUUCUAAGAUACACGCCACCAUUGUAGAGCCUGAUGUUGAAUUAAUGGCGAGAUUCAGAUCGCGUGUUUCACCGUUUCCCAAGACACUCGAGGGAAAGGCUACCUUCGAGUGGCAUGAGAUGACCUUAGAAAAAUUCAUGGAGUCUAGCCCUCAGGUCCAACAGUUUGACCUCAUUCAUUUCGUGGCAUCGCUGUACUACAUGGAUGCUGAACAAGUUCUAAGAAACUGUUACGCAAGACUUGCCUCAGGUGGAGCCAUCUUCUGUACUUUAGUUCCCGAAGAGUCUUUCUUCCCAAAGUUGGCAAGAAAAUUGAAAGGUAAAAUCAACUUGGGUUCGACUGACAAGUUUUACACCGAAGUGGAUCUUGAGAGCAUUUCUAAGGGGAACAACUGGAACUAUGAAGAAUUAAAGAAAUGCAGCUUUGAUGCAGAUAUAACCAGCUGUUUUGAUCACUCGUCUACAGCAGGGGGUCUUCUCCUGGACUUCUUAACCCACUGCCAAGAUUUUAGAGGCACAGUGGAUAAAAUGUUGUUUAAAGAAGUGAUGAAUUUUUUGGAGGAACAGUCCUUUACUGACGAUAGUGGAAGGAAAAUAAUAAAACCUCAACGUAUUGCAGUUGUAAUUUACAAAUAA